CCCGAGAGGCAAGCCAGCUGUUUGACCGCCGUCUUCUGGCCGUUCGCUCGUCUCGAUCCCGCUUAAACCCUAGUUCGCUCAAAACCUUCGCUCGCUCCUCUUCUCAUUGCUCGCUCACACUUCUCGCUUGGCUCUGGCAGCCGCCAUGGCGGCGAUGGCAGCAUUUCUCCGGAGGCCGAAGUCUAUUCCUCUCUUGGCAGCCACGUUGUCUGCUGGCGUCCGUCCUCGGCGCCGCUCUCGCACUGAAUUCCGCUCCCUCUGCAACGCCGUGACUUUGGAUUGCGCUUCCCCUGCUUCGGAGCCGGCGGCGGGACCUUCGCCUGGCCGGAAGGUUCUCGAGAUUUUCAGGGAGGAGUUCGAGGUUGGAUCCCGCACCGUCUCCAUCGAGACCGGCAAGAUCGCGAGGUUUGCGAACGGAGCUGUGGUCAUCGCUAUGGACGAUACUAAUGUUCUCUCCACGGUCGCGUCAGCCAGAGGUGAUGGAGCUCGUGACUUUUUGCCCCUCACGGUUGACUAUCAAGAAAAACAAUAUGCUCAAGGUGUCAUCCCUACAACAUUUAUGCGGAGAGAGGGAGCCCCCAAGGAGCGGGAACUUUUAUGCGGGCGUCUUAUAGAUCGUCCUAUUCGUCCACUAUUUCCUCACGGCUUUUACCAUGAAGUUCAGGUCAUGGCGAAUGUCCUUUCUUCGGAUGGGAAGCAAGAUCCGGAUGUCAUGGCAGCUAAUGCCACAUCUGCUGCUAUUAUGUUAUCUGAUAUCCCUUGGAAUGGCCCAAUUGGGGUUAUUCGUGUGGGGAGGAUUGAUGGGAAAUUUAUUUUUAAUCCAACUAUGGAUGAGCUAAGCCUCAGCGAUCUCAAUUUGGUGUAUGCAUGUACCAAGGAUCGUACUCUAAUGAUUGAUGUUCAAGCACGAGAGAUCACAGAAAACGACCUUCAAGCUGGAUUAAAACUUGCACAUCCAGAGGCUAUCAAAUACAUAGAUCCUCAAAUUAGAUUGGCUGAAAAAGCAGGAAAGAAAAAGAGAGAAUAUAAGCUCUCAAUGAUUUCUGAUAGUGCAUUGGAGAAAAUAAGGAGUAUAGCAGAAGCACCUAUUGAAGCUGUAUUUACAGACUCAUCAUAUGGAAAGUUUGAACGUGGGGAAGCAUUAGACCUGAUCACUCAAACUGUUAAAGCAAAACUCGAAGAAGAUUGUGAUGAGGAUAGCUUAAAAGUUCUUCCAAAAGCCGUUGACAUGGUUAGGAAACAGAUCAUUCGUCGAAGGAUUAUCGAUAAAGGACUUCGAGUAGAUGGCAGAAAACUUGAUGAAGUUAGACCCUUGUAUUGUGAAUCUGGAAUAUACCAUAUGCUACAUGGAUCUUCACUCUUCUCUCGUGGAGAUACUCAAGUCUUGUGCACUGUUACACUUGGGGCUCCUGGAGACGCACAGCGAUUAGACUCAAUAGUUGGGCCACCAACAAAGCGCUUCAUGCUUCAUUACACCUUUCCCCCAUUCUCUAUCAAUGAAGUUGCUAAACGAGGUGGACUGAAUAGGCGGGAAGUUGGACAUGGAACUCUUGCUGAGAAAGCUUUGCUUGCUGUGCUACCUCCAGAGGGUGAUUUUCCAUAUACUGUUCGUGUGAAUUCAGAAGUUAUGGCUUCUGACGGUUCAACAUCAAUGGCCACAGUAUGUGGAGGGAGUAUGGCUUUGAUGGAUGCUGGUAUUCCAGUAAGGGAACAUGUCGCUGGAGUUUCAGUGGGUCUUAUUAGUGAUGUGGAUCCAUCCACUGGAAACAUUACUGAUUAUCGUAUACUGACAGACAUAUUGGGUCUUGAAGAUCACCUUGGGGACAUGGACUUCAAAAUUUCAGGAACUAGGAAAGGGAUUACUGCAAUCCAACUAGAUAUAAAACCUGCUGGAAUACCUCUAGACAUUAUUUGUGAGAGUUUAGAACCUGCAAGAAAGGGCCGGAUUCAAAUUCUUAAUCGCAUGGAAGAGAAAAUAAGUGCACCUCGUACAAUGGGCGAUGGAAGCACACCUAGAUUAGCCACCUUCAAACUUAAUCCUGAAUCUCUUCGGCGAUCUAUUGGUUUUUUGAAUUUUCAAAGAAAGCGGAUUGAACAAGAAACAGGUGCACGUGUUUCUGUGAGUGAUGGGACUGUCACUAUUGUAGCAAAAACUGGAUCUAUUAUGGAAAAAGCUCAAGAAAAGAUCACUUUUCUUAUAGGACGUGAAAUUGAAGUUGGUGGCACGUACAAAGGUGUUGUUUCUUCAAUUAAAGAAUAUGGUGCUUUUAUUGAGUUCAAUGGAGGUCAACAGGGUCUUCUUCACAUUUCUGAGUUGACACAUGAACCAGUAUCAAAAGUUUCUGAUGUUUUAUCUGUUGGACAAGAGUUGUCAGUAAUGUGCAUCGGACAGGAUUUAAGGGGAAACAUGAGACUAUCUUUGAAGGCUACGAGCCCAAAGAAAGGCUCUGUGGAUAACCAUGAUCCUAUAUCAGCAAAACAAUCAGUGAAUGUUUGGGCCUCACCAUCAGAGAAUGUAGCCACCUGCACAGAAAAUCUCGAGUCAACAGACGUUGUACAAGGUGAAAGUAAUGAGAUUCAAUCCAUCACAGAUUCAUCUCCAGCAGUAGUAAUACGGAGUGUUGCAGAAUGUGAAGCUCAGGAAUUUGCUGCGGGUCGAGUUACCCAAACCACUCUUCGAAGGCUUAGCAGAUCUCCUAGGCCUUAUGAUUCAUCUCAAGAUGCUGGGAAGUCAAAUUUGCAGAACAGACAAAGCAAGAAAGAGAAAAAUGUUUCCAAUGGAACCAAAGGUAAGGCUGGUACCAUACAAGGAAGUGUUUCCCACACAGGAGGUGAGAAACCUAAACCCAGCGUACAAGCAGGUUCACUGAAGAUUGGUGAAAAACUGAUAGCAAAGAUUUGUCAGAUCCGUGCACAUGGUUUAGUACUCGAACUAAGUAGUGGAAUUCGGGGAAUGUACAAAUUUGAGGUGAAUGGUAAAAGGGAUUUCGAGUUAGGCAAAGAGCUUCAGGUGAGAUGUUCAAGCUUUUCUAUCAAGGGAAUUCCAGUCUUUGCACUUUUGGAGAAUUGAGUGAUAUUGCUAUUGAAGCCUUUCAUGUUCACUAUCACAAGUCUUCAAGGGAUAAGAUUACCAAAGGGAACAAGGGAACAAGGCUAAUACAUUCCUAUUUAAUUACCGUAUAUAAAGAUGAAUGUAUAAAGCUAAUACAGCCAUGAAUUCUUUGCAAUAUCCACCAGGAAUCACAGGAUAAAAUGAAAUCAUAACUGAAUCAUGUUGUCUUCAAA